UUCGGCCGCUUCGUCGCCACUCGCUUCUUGUCUCUUCUCUUUCUUUCUCUCUCUACGGAGCUACAAACUCUUCUCACGCACUCCAUUCGCUUCCAAAUGGAAUCUCAUUUCAUUUGAUUUGAUUGAGGUUUCGUCAACACAGAAAAACAAUGGCUUCUCUUCAGAUACUGAAAUCAAGCUUGUCUCCAUCACUGGUUUCUCAGUUAAACUCUCGCCGGAAAUCGAGAUGCUUUUGCUCGGAAUUCAAUUCUCUGGCCUCCGGCAAGAAGGUUCAUAAGCUUCGAAGCAAUCGGAGCUCAAACUUUUCAAUUAACAAAAGAAGAUUUAGGGUUUCUUGUAAAGUUGAAGAAGGUGACGACCAGAGCAAUGGCGAAGAGCCUCCAGAGUCAUUGUUUAUGAAAGAAUUAAGGAGACGGGGGAUGACUCCCACUUCAUUGCUGGAGGAGAGCAACAGGAGCAUCUACAGAGAUGAGGAAAUAAAACUGAAGGAAGAAGAUGGAGGUUUCUCAAAAAGAAAUGCAGUGUCAACAGAUACUGGAAAAAAUUUAACCAACCAAAGAGAGCUGUCCAUGGCAUUGAACAGUGAAGGACUUGAGGGUUUGGUUCCACGGGCUAAACUUUUGGUUACUCUUGGCGGAACCUUCUUCUUGGCAUUUGGGCCUUUGAUCCUCGUAACUGUUGCGUUCUUCUCUGCCCUCUAUCUUUAUUUUGGACCGACUUUUGUCCAUGAUGCAAGCAGAACUCCCAUAGCGCCACCCCAAUAUAUUGAUCCAUAUGCACUUCUGGAAGAUGAAAGGAUAUCACAAAUAUCCCCUCAUGUAAAUUGAAGGACAGAGCAUCUAUAGACUAGUUUCUUCAAACUUCAGUUACAGGUUUCUGUUGCCUAUUUUCCAUUGCCUUCGUGUAAUUCUUCCAUGUAUAAAUAUCAAAAUUAGGAAGAAUUGUUUUUAUCUUUGUUGUAUCCUGUUGCAUACUGCUGUUCUGAAUGUUCUUGAUUACGGAGAAUGCCCGUUAUAAUCAAAUUUAUUAUAUUUUGCAUU